UGGUACUAACCUCAUCUUUACACCCACAAUGACCACGUCAAUGUCGGAUAAUAUGGUCAUUUCAAAAAGUGGUGUCUGCAGGACAUUCGAUGCAGCCGCUGAUGGCUACGGCAGAGGAGAGGCUGUGAAUGCCAUCUUCAUCAAGCCGCUGGAUAAAGCCCUUCGCGAUGGUGACCCCGUCCGGGCUGUGAUUCGCUCUAGCGCAGUCAACUGCGACGGAAAGACUCCUAGCAUCUCCACCCCUGGUUCUGCCGCGCAGGAGAGGCUGAUCCGAAGAGCGUAUAAGAAAGCUGGACUGGACGUGUCGCAAACUGCGCUAUUCGAAUGCCAUGGCACAGGCACUACUGUGGGCGAUUUAGCAGAGACGUCUGUUGUGGCCAAGAUCUUUGGGGACAAGGGCAUUCACAUUGGAGCGGUCAAACCCAAUGUUGGACACUCCGAGGGGGCAUCUGGUAUCACAAGUGUGAUUCAAAGUGUUUUGGCGCUGCAUAAUCACACCAUCCCACCCAAUAUUCAUUUUGUCAAUCCGAAUCCAAACAUCCCGUUUGAACAGGCCAAGUUGAAGGUGGCCGUGGAGCCUACUCCGUGGCCAGCAGACCGAAGCGAAAGAAUAAGCAUCAAUUCAUUUGGAAUUGGCGGAACCAAUGCCCAUGUUAUUCUUGACUUCUCUUCCUCGCAACGGAACAACACAUUUACAGGUGAAGAUGGUGAUAGUCCGCACCUUCUGCUUGUCUCUGCAAAGUCAAAGGACUCGUUGGAUGGCCAGAUCAAGCGUCUACAGACGUUUCUUGAGACGACAAAGUCUUCCUUGGGCGACAUCGCCUAUACACUGGGCUUGAGGCGAGAGCACAUGACCCAUCGGGCAUUCGCACUCACUGAAGCCGAUGGGAAAGUCUCGUCCUUUACAAGGUCCACGUCUAUCAAGACACCCAUAAUUUUCACAUUUACCGGUCAAGGUGCCCAGUGGGCUGGAAUGGGAAGGGAAUUGAUCCAAAAUGUCCAAGCCUUCAGGGAAGAUAUCCGGAUAAUGAACCAAGUUUUGCAAGGGCUGGAGAGCAGACCAUUGUGGUCCAUUGAAGAUGAACUUCUAAAAAGCGACGACGAGAGUCGAGUGGCAGAAGCAGAAUUCGCACAGCCCCUCUGCACCGCCAUUCAAAUUGCUCUUGUUAACCUUCUUCGCUCUUGGGGUACUACACCUGAUGCAGUCGUAGGUCAUUCCAGUGGAGAGAUUGCAGCAGCCUAUGCGUCGGGUGCAUUAUCCGCCGAGGUGGCCAUUCUCAUCGCCUAUUUCCGUGGUCAGGCAAUGAAGAAUCUGUCUGAUCAUUCGGGUGGCAUGGCAGCUAUUGGUCUUGGCUCCGACAAGGCACGACGUUUUCUAAAGCCAGGCGUGGUCAUCGGCUGCGAUAAUAGCCCAGAUAGUGUCACGCUAUCAGGCGACAGUGACGUCCUCGGGGAGAUCUUGAAUGAUAUCCACGCGGCCGACGAGGACACAUUUUGCCGAAAGCUCGCCGUCAAUGUGGCGUAUCACUCGCACCACAUGGUUGAAGCCGGUGAAGCAUAUCAGAAAAUGGUCUCCCCCCAUUUCUCACACCAACCAUCCAUGGCCCCAAUGUAUUCAACUGUUUCUGGAACAAUUGUAUCGGAUCCCUCGACUCUGGGCCCCGGUUACUGGCGCAGAAACCUUCAAUCCCCCGUGCUGUUCCAUACCGCGAUCGAGAGAAUCCUCAAUGACAACGACCAGUCAAAGCUCUUCCUGGAGAUCGGACCCCAUUCAGCGCUCUCUGGUCCUAUCCGACAGUCAAUCGCAAAGGCCAACAGCAAAGAGCACCGAUAUAUCCCGACAAUCAUCAGAGGGAAAGACGUAUGGAGAAGUCUUUUGGCUACAGCCGGAAACCUCUACACGCACGGUGCAUCCAUCAGUCUCCAUUCCCUGAUUCCGCAAGGCAAGGUCGUGACAGAGAUCCCUCCUUACUCGUGGCAGCACAAUGAGAUAUAUUGGGAUGAGCCUCGUAUUGUUCAUGACUGGAGACACCGCCAGCAUCCUCAUCACGAGCUGCUUGGCUCUCGGACGCUAGAGUCCAACCAUUUGGAGCCAUCAUGGCGAAACAUUCUAAAACUGGAAAAUGUCCUCUGGUUGAUGGACCAUAAGCUGGGCACGGAUAUUGUCUUUCCUGCUGCUGGUUAUGUUGCCAUGGCCGGUGAAGCUGUUCGGCAAAUGACCGGCUCAACAGAUUACUCUCUAAAAAACGUCUUUAUCCGAAAUGCACUGAUUCUCGACGGCACUGCAGAGAUCAUGACGAAUCUGCGACCCGUCAAGCUCACAGAUCAUGUCGACUCCAUAUGGUUCGACUUUACGAUUUCUACUUACCAAAACGGAAAGUGGAAAAAACACGUCGUCGGCCAGGUUCGCGGGGGCCCUGACCAGGAAUAUUCUGUUCCCUCCAGACAAAUAUAUUCUCGACCGGUUGAUUCGGACAAAUGGUAUCGUGCGCUGAAGAAACGCGGGUUGGACUAUGGCCCCCAUUUCAGGGGACUGGAACAGAUCACCGCAAGCCCAACUACUCAGCAUGCCUCCGCGAUGUUGCAUAGCAGUGAACCACCCCAGAGCAGUUACUAUGCUCUCCAUCCAACCUGCAUUGACGAGUGUUUGCAAUUGUUUAUUGCAGCAGCGACACAUGGCAUCUCGCGGCGAAUGACGUGCAUGUGUAUCCCAACGGCCAUUGAGUCUCUAUACGUCAGUGAAGGCCGCGGGCCAAUGGACCUGAAUGCUUCCUGCGAGAACAUUGGUGGCACCAUGGAGGUGAAAUCAACGCUAUUCGCCAACAAUUGUGUCUCCCUCUGUCUGGAAAGGGGUGUUUUCUUCAGCGUUCAUGAUCCAGAAUCAGAUGACUCGAAUACAUUGCUGACAUCGAAUGUGCAUUGGACGCAACAUAUUGACUAUAUCCCCCUUCAAGAACAGCUGCCGCGUCAUGAGCCCCUUUUCAACGGACAGACGGUGGCCAGGGCAACAUGUGUAUACAUAGUUGAAGCAUAUCGUCUCACCAAGCACUCAACCCCCACUUCGGAUCAUCUCAAGAGAUAUCACGCCUGGCUCAAAGAUCAGUAUUGGAAGAUCCAGCAAAAGUCGCCUGACCUGGUUCCUGAAAUGAGGGAAGAGGAUGUUUCAGCACUUAGCCUCCGCGGUCCUUAUGCCGAUGUAUUGCGCAAGGAUUUACGCAAUUUGCCUCCAUCGCUGAGAUUUACUCAUAAUCUCGCUGAGAGACUCUGCUACGCACUGCACGACGUGUUGGAGGAUCGCACUAAUUCUCUCGAACUUCUCAUGCAGGACGAUGGAAUGAAACGUUUCUUUGAAGCUAUGGGUGCAAUUUCACCCUGUGAAGACUUCCUUGCACUACUGGGUAACUCCAACCCAAAGCUUCGCAUUCUCGAGAUCGGCGCUGGAACGGGUGGCUUGACAUCGAUUGCCCUCAAGGCUCUCAGUCCAGACAGUGGCCGGCUUUACUCACGGUACACGUUCACGGACAUAUCGGCAGGGUUUAUAGCAGAUGCCCAAGAGCGAUUUCAAGAAUAUGAUGCAGUUGAAUAUGCAACACUUGAUAUUGCUCGUGAUCCAGAAGGGCAGGGUUAUGCUCCGGAUAGCUAUGACUUAAUCUUGGCUGGCAAUGUCCUCCAUGCAACGCCUCAAAUAUCCAGCACACUACAGAACGUCCGCAAGCUACUGGCCCCCGGUGGCCGGCUCCUCAUGCAGGAGCUGAGUGGAGAUGUUCCCUUGCUCAAUUUCCUAAUGGGAGUCUUACCAGGAUGGUGGCUGGGGGAGAAUGAUGGCAGGAGUGACAGCCCGGCUUUGUCUGUUGAGAGAUGGCAUGAAGAGUUGAUCAAGACGAACUUCACUGGUGUGGAUGCCGUGAGAUAUGCCAAUGACAGACCAUUGAGCCAGACAGCGGUACUCUUGUCGAGAGCCAAAACCGCCGAUAUGCAUAUACAAGGAGGGCAAAUCGGGCUGCUCUAUCUGUCACAUAUCUCAGAAUGGGGCCGUCAGUUGGAGACAGCCCUUUCCCUGGCAGGCUAUACUGUGACGUGGCACACAUUGCAUGACAAACCUCCGUCUGGGUCUGAUGUAAUUUCUCUCAUUGAUCUUGAAGGACCAUUCUUCGAGCACUUGUCAGCCAACGAAUUUGUGUUGUUUCAGAGUUAUGUAUCUAGACUAGCAGGCAAUAAUGUCCUUUGGAUCACCAGGGGUGUCCAAAUCACAUGCGAAGACCCUCGUUUUGCAUUGGCAUUGGGAAUGUCACGAAACCUCCGCACAGAGUUAGGCCACAAAUUUGCGACUCUGGAAAUUGACCAGUUCAAUACCAUAGCCGUGACUUCUGUGCUUCAAGUUUUGCACACCUUGAGGGUUCAAUCCAAUCGGCCCUGGCUGGAUGCGGAUUAUGAGUACGUCCUCCAGGACGGAAAAAUUCUUCUGUCUAGAAAUCAAUGGUCCUCGUUGGAUCAGCAGCUGGCUAGUGUGCAACAUCCAUCGGCACCAAGGUCGUUGGAUAUCAAAUUUAAUGGGAUUUUCGACUCGUUAAGAUGGGCUAUGUGCAGGUCGCCAGUCUUACCAUCCAAGUUGAAAGAAGAUGAAGUCGAAGUGGAUAUGAAAUAUGUUGGGCUGAACUUCCGAGACAUGAUGAUCACCAUGGGAUUUCUGGGAGACACAGACCAAUUGGGAUUCGAAGGUAGCGGGAUUGUUCGCCGAGUUGGAUCGUCUGUGGAGCAUCUCAGAGUCGGUGACAGAGUCAGUUUCCUCUAUGAUGGUCUCUUCAGCACACAAGUCGUAGUCCCGGCCCUUCUUUGCCACAUUGUUCCGGAGGAAAUAUCGCUUGAAGAUGCCGCAGCUGUUUCAAUUGUCUUUGCAACGGCGAUAUAUUGCCUGAUCACGGUGGGAAACCUCCAGAAAGGCCAGUCUGUGCUUAUCCAUUCCGCGUGUGGAGGCGUCGGUCUGGCUGCAAUCCAGGUCUGUCGGAUGAUUGGAGCUGAGAUUUAUACCACGGUUGGGACAAGCGAGAAAGUUGAGUAUCUCACGGAUAUUAUAAAAAUCCCAGCAAAUCACAUCUUUAAUUCGAGAAACACGUCAUUCCUGCAGGGUGUGCUCAAGGAAACGAAUGGGCGUGGGAUCGAUCUGGUGCUGAACUCUCUGUCCGGCGAAAUGCUCCAUGCCUCGUGGAAAUGCGUUGCCAGGUUCGGUAAGAUGGUCGAGAUUGGAAAACGCGACUUUUUGGGCCACGGAAAGCUUGAUAUGGAUGUUUUCCUCAACCACCGUUCCUUCUGCAGCGUGGAUCUCAAAUUGCUGGCGCUUGCGCAUCCAAUGGUACUUCGGGGCCUGCAUGAUCAGUUUGGAGAAUACUUCAAGCAGGGAAAAUUGACGCCCAUCAGACCUGUGACGGUUUUCGACGCUUGCGAUGUUGUCAAAGCCUUCCGUCAUAUGCAAACAGGCCAGCAUAUGGGCAAGAUUUUGGUUCGAAUGCCAGACGAUCCGGCGAGUUUGCCAAUAACCAAGAUACAUGACACCACUCCCAUCUUCAGGUCAGACGCCUCGUACCUUUUGAUCGGUGGACUCGGGGGACUUGGUCGAGCCAUCAGUACUUGGAUGGUGGGAAAGGGCGCCCGAAACUUCAUCUUUCUGUCUCGUUCCGGUGCUGAAUCCCCUGAUUCCCAGGCCUUCAUCCAAGACUUGGAAAGCAACUAUAUGGUCAGCGUUAUGGUGAUCACGGGUGAUGUCGCCAAGAAUGUAGACGUCCAGCGGGCUAUUUCUGCAGCAAAAUGCCCCAUCGCAGGUGUCCUCCAGUUGUCCAUGGUACUCAGGGAUCAAAUGUUCUCCAAAAUGACCUACGAGGAAUGGACAGCUGCCCUGACGCCCAAGGUGCAAGGAACGUGGAAUCUCCACUUUGAGCUCCAAAACACGCCUCUCGAUUUCUUUGUUCUUUUCAGCUCGAUCACGGGUAUUAUGGGCUUUGGCAGCCAGGCCAAUUACGCUGCAGCCAACACUUUCCUCGACUCGUUUGUCAAAUAUCGUCACUCCCAAGACCUGCCGGCAAGUGUACUUGAUAUUGGCUUUAUGGGAGACAUUGGUUACGCAGCGGAGCAAAGCCCACAAACGUUAAAGAUCGUCAAUACCAUGGAUGGCCAGAUACUGGAAGAAAAGCAUCUGCUUCAAGCGUUGGAAAUCUCCAUUUUUUCUCAGUUCCCUCACCCUUCAUCGCAAAUCAUCAUGGGUAUGGGAACAGUGAACGCGUCCACGGAACCAUUGGUGCCAGAGGGUCGUUUCAGCCGUUGGCGAAAUGCUGCUGUCAGCAGCAAAGCAACAUCCGUCCCUCGAUCUCAUGAACUUCGCUCUCUUCUGGAUGAGAUUCAGGACAAUCCCAAACUGCUGGAUGAGCAGUCCACACUUGACAAGAUUACCGUCGAGCUGGGUAAGGUCGUCGCUGCUCAUCUUGCCUAUGGGGAGGACAUGAGCAAGGAGGAACUCGCCAAUAUUGCAAUCGAUUCCUUAAUGGGCAUUGAGAUCCGCAGUUGGUUCCGCCGGAACGCGGGUAUCGACAUAUCUCUGGUCGAGAUAUCGAAUGCUGGUACCGUUGGAGGCCUUGCCGUCGUUGCAGUCAAGACCCUGCGCAAGAAACACUUUGAUGGAGAAGGCACCCCCAGCCCAGAUACCCUGCCAUCCUCAGCUGAACCGGAUGAACUAACACUUUGCCUGGAGGACAUGAAGCUGGGGAGUGACUUGCGACCUCUUCCUGGAACUGUCCCUGACUGGUGCGCUGAGUCCGAGGGAAGAAUAUUCCUGACGGGUGUGACAGGGUUUGUGGGCGCCUUUUUCCUGCUGGAUCUUCUUGCUCUGCCGUACGUCCAGAGCGUCACGUGUCUGGUGCGAACGACAGACCCCGAAUCAGGCAAGCGCCGGAUUGAACAGACGCUUACCCGAUACGGCCUGCCACAGGAUGGCCUGGACCGGGUGACUGCUGUCCCAGGCAACAUCGCCUACCCGAACCUAGGCAUGUCCAAGGAAGACUUUGAUCAUCACGCACAGACAGCGAGUGUUGUCUUCCACCUGGCAGCUCAUGUCAACUACACCCUUCCUUACUCUGCUCACCGCGAUGCCAAUGUCACCGGACUCCUCAAUGUUUUGAAUUUCGUCAAUUCCGGCCGUCUCAAGGCAUUGAAUUACUGGUCUAGUAUCUCGGCGUCUGCUACCUCAGCCCAUCUUUCUGGUGUUACUGUCCCAGAAGACAAAAGAGCCGUGCUGGAUCGCAAGUCCUUCGAGAUCCAUGUCGGAUACACCAGAAGUAAGCUCGUUGCAGAAAGCAUCGUGUGGAAUGCCAUUGCCAGCGGUCUCCCGAUCUCCAUCUAUCGCCCCGGAAUCGUCAUGGGCCACAGCGGCACAGGAGUCGACAAGCCCGAAGACCUGCUCAGUCGCCUGAUGACCAAUUGCAUCCAGCUCGGUGCUUUCCCAACUCCUCCUCAGCAACGCACCCACAUCGUCCCUGUCGACUACGUAUGCGCAGCAGUCCUGCAGAUCUCGCAGUCUCCAGACAACCACGGCCACGCUUUUAACGUCAUCCCUCCAGACGAAAGUUCAACCAUCACAAUGGCUGAUACGUUCGAGAUUCUCAGCAAUUGCUGCUCCGCUCCCCUCCGAGCGGUCUCAUCAGCCGAGUGGCUACAGAUGUUCAGGGAACGUGGCAAGCAGGGCAUGAAAGUCGCGACUCCAAUGCUCCAGGAUCGUCUGGCGGACAGUCUGAUCUGGUGGGAUACCACUGGCGGAAUGACCACGUAUGAAACUACGAAUCUGCACCGGGCGUUGGCGGACUGUCCCGGAAUUCUGGAUAUCAAGCCUAUGCCGGAGCUGCUGCGGACAUAUUUUGGCCGCUGGGAAGCUGCGGCUGGGGGUACGACUGGCAAUGUUUAAGGUUUUCUAUCUGUGGUUUUAAUUGUAUAUAUAAUGGGAUGGCUAGGUUUUGCAUAGGAAUAGCGUUUAUUCAUGUACAAUAAACGUUGAUUUGAAUAAUAUAUAGAAAGAUAGGUAGUAUAACAUCUUUUACAUAUUUAUAAUGGCUAAAGUAGUCA